AUGCGUGGUCCCCCCUCCGUCGCUGGCUGUGUGCCUCUGGGGAGGUGCUGGCUGCUGGGGGUCCCCGCGGAGCCCCCAGAGGGGCUGGCCAGGGCACGGGCCCUCUACACGUACGAGGAUGGCUCUGAUGACCUGAAGCUGGCAGCAUCAGGAGGUGGAGGUUUACUGGAGCUUUCCGGCCACUUUGAGAUUCAGAAGGUGAUGUAUGGCUUCUGCAGCGUCAAGGACCCCCAGGCUGUGCUCCCCAAAUAUGUCCUCGUCAACUGGGUGGGUGAGGACGUGCCGGACGCCCGCAAAUGCGCCUGUGCCAGCCACGUAGCCAAGAUUGCCGAGUUCUUCCAGGGCGUCGAUGUCAUCGUCAAUGCCAGCAGCGUGGAGGACAUUGACCCAGGGGCCAUCGGGCAGCGGCUCUCCAACGGGCUGGCCCGUGUCUCCAGCCCGGUGCUGCACCGCCUGCGGCUGCGCGAGGACGAGAACGCCGAGCCCGUGGGCACCACUUACCAGAAAACCGAUGCCACCGUGGAGAUGAAGCGGCUCAACCGGGAGCAGUUCUGGGAACAGGCAAAGAAAGAGGAGGAAUUGCGUAAGGAGGAAGAGAGGAAAAAGGCGCUGGAUGCCCGGCUGCGGUUUGAGCAGGAGCGGAUGGAGCAGGAGCGGCUGGAGCAGGAGGAGCGGGAACGGCGCUACCGGGAGCGCGAGGAGCAGAUCGAGGAGCACAGGAGGAAGCAGCAGAGCUUGGAGGCGGAGGAGGCCCGGCAGCGCCUGAAGGAGCAGUCCAUUUUUGGGGAUCAGCAAGAGGAGGACGACAGGCAGCAGUUUAGGAAAUCGGAGUCAGAGGUGGAGGAGGCUGCUGCCAUCAUUGCUCAGCGGCCUGACAACCCCCGGGACUUCUUCAAGCAGCAGGAGCGGGUGGCAUCGGGCAGCAGCGAUGCUGUCUCACCAGGCAGCCACAGGACAGGUCGUCUGCACUGUCCUUUCAUAAAGACAGCUGACAGUGGGCCACCUUCUUCCUCCUCCUCCUCCUCCUCCCCCCCACGGACCCCCUUCCCCUAUAUCUCCUGCCACCGCACUCCAAAUCUCUCCUCUUUCUUCCCAUGCAGCCAGUCGGACGCCUUCCGCAAGGCCUCGGCAGCGGGCUGCAGCCCCUGCGAGCCCAGCCCGGCCGCCACGCCGCCGGGCGACCCGGGCACCCGCGCGCCCGCUGACCGGACGCCGGCAACGCCCAAAGAGUCCCCCAGCCCCAGCGCGCAGGAGCCCGGGCCAGCCACGCCCGAGCAGCACUGGCCCUUCCCGGGGCCCGAGGACAAGGCCAUCGAGCCCCCUGGGGACGAGCCCAGUCCCAGGCCAGUGUGGACAGCGGGGGGUGAUGCCCUGGGGGACCUGGUGACCCUGGAGCCCACCGAGCCCUCCCUGCCACCCGUGGCUGACGAGCCCCAAACUGGGGGAGCCCCCAACCCUGAGAGCCUCAUCGACCUGUGGCAGAGCGACGGGGUGACUCCCCCAGCUGCCUGGCCCCUGCCUGCUGCCCCUGUCCCCGAGACACCCCCGGCCAUGCUGCCCGAGGAGGGGCCCCUGCUGAGCCUGGACGAGCUGCCGGAGCCCCCCGCCACCUUCUGUGACGCGGAGCAGGAGGAUGAGGAUGAGGAGGAGGCGGCUGGCGAGGGAGAGCCCCAGUCCCAGGAUCUGGGCUGCCAGCACACGCCCCAGGAAGACACCCCGGGCCGAGAGACACCCCCCAUCACCAAUGGGGAGAUGGCCCCCAAGGAUGGGACGCCGGGCCGUGGGGAGCAGGCCAGCGAGGGCUACUUCAGCCAGUCCCAGGAGGAGGAGGUGCCCCCGCCCGAGGAGCUGUCGGCCAAAGCCCCCCAGCCCGUCUUCUACAACAAACCCCCAGAGAUCGACAUCACAUGCUGGGAUGCAGACCCUCUGCCCGAGGAAGAGGAGAGCUUUGGGGGGGCCCUGUAAGCCCAGGCACAGGCAGCCCGCCCCGGCCGGCGCGGGGCAGAGGGGGCUGCAGCCGGGGGCCGGGCCCCCCUCACCCCUCUGGGGCCCCGCAGGAUGAGGCCUCCGGGUGGCGGCCGCCCCGCUGCAACCCUGCCCCGGGGCACCUUUUACAGCCCCCCCUUCUCCUCCUUUCUUUUUUAAGUUGUCGGUAGGAGCCGUGUCAGCCCCCCAGCCCUCCCUUA